AUGCGGCAGGAGGCUCGUACAGAUGAUCAGAGCGGGACGCACAGACAGAUUUUCAUCUCCUUGCCGUCAUCACUUCCCCGUGUUUUACUUCCCCACAUUGUGCCUUAAUUUGCUUUUGCACCUGUCCCACAUCGUCCUCGCAUACUGAGGAGCACCCCACAUCUUUGUCACCUCCUUGUCGUCAUGCUUUUUAUCAUUUCUUCUUCCACAAGUUCUCCACUUUAGCUUUGACCCUCUGUCGUAGCCAUGCCUGUGCUCAAGGGCCCGUGGAGUCCCGAGCUCUGCCAGGAUGAGCCACCAAGCUCCCCGGUCUGGGGGCGUGCGAAGACCUCGCCAGUCACCUGUGGUGGCCUGGCGCUGGCACUGGAGCUACAGGCGCUCAUGCGGCAGCUGCGAGUUGCCUGGCGCGCCAGGGGGAGAUCCCGGAGGUCCGAGAGGCGUCAGGCGGGCGCUUGGGUGGAAGGCGCGGAAGAUGACGGGGAGGAAAAGGAAGAUCCUUUUCAUCAUCAGGAAGAGCAAGUGCAGCAUGAAGACAGUAGCGCACAUCUGGAAGGAGCUAGCACGCCAAAUGUUUGUCUUAGUAGUGUGCUGCUGGCUGAGAGAAGAGGCUCUUACCCUUUGAUUGACAAGCACAUCGUUAAGACCUGUGACCAGCAGCGGGAGCUGGAGUCCGUCAGAAGGAAGAAGGUGAAUACUUUGCUGAGUUUCCAGAGGUACUGCCAUGCUUCACGCCUCCUGAGGGGCUUGCUGCCCUGGACCCCCGAGUCCCUGCAUCUGUUGGACUACGACUACCUGGGCCAGGCUGCGCACAUGCUAUCAAAAGUGGGCUCCUGGAACUUUGACAUUUUCCUGUUCGACCGACUUACAAAUGGUAACAGCCUAGUGACGUUAAUGUGCCACCUCUUCAACAUCUACGGUCUCGUUCAGCACCUCCAGCUGGACAUGGUCAAACUGCACAGGUUCCUCAUCAUGGUGCGGAGUGACUACCACUUCCAAAACCCCUAUCACAAUGCCGUGCACGCGGCCGACGUCACCCAGGCUAUGUACUGCUACCUGCAGGAGCCCAAGCUAGCAGAGCAGCUGAGUCCACUGGACGUCUUCCUGGGCUUGAUGGCUGCCGCUGCCCACGACGUGGACCACCCGGGCGUCAACCAGCCGUUCCUCAUCAAGACCCAACACCAUCUGGCAAAAGGGGUGACUUUUUCUCCUCUUGUGCAGAACACGUCAGUGCUAGAGAGUCACCACUGGAGGUCGACGGUGGGCAUGCUGCGAGAGUCACAACUGUUGUCACACCUCCCUGCUGACGUGUCGCAAGAAAUCGAACAGCAGCUGGGCUCGCUGAUCCUGGCCACAGACAUCAGCAGGCAAAACGAGUUCCUGCUCACCUUCAGGGCGCAUCAGGAUAACCAGGACUUGGAUCUGCGAAUGGCGUCGCACAGGCACUUCAUUUUGCAGAUCGGCCUCAAGUGCGCAGACGUUUGCAACCCGUGUCGCGUUUGGCCGCUCAGCAAGCAGUGGAGCGAGAGGGUGUGUGAGGAGUUCUUCAUGCAAGGCGACCUUGAGAGGAAGUUCAACUUGGAGAUCAGCCCGCUGUGCGACCAGCAGGCCCACUCGGUCCCGGCCAUCCAGAGUGGCUUCAUCUCGUACAUCGUGGAGCCUCUUUUCGCCGAGUGGCACCGCUUCACCGAACCCAGCGCCCUGAGCCGCACCAUGACAGCCCACCUGCGCCGGAACAAGGCCCACUGGAACCGCCUGCUGCACGACGCCCAAACGCGGCCCCCCGACCCCGAGGAGGACGUCCGGUAAUCGUGGCCUACAUGCGUCGUGAGGUUUGAAUCAAUUAAUUGAUGUUUAAGAAACUUUUUUCACAAAGUGGGUGCAUUAAAUUAGAAACUGGUUUGAAACUGAAUUUAUUUCAGUGGUUCAAUUUAAAAAGUGAAAUUUGUUCAUUAUUUUAGUUUCUUUAAAUAACAGCUUCCCAAAAUCCACCAUGUAAAGAAAUUAAAAUAUGGUAGCAUUUCAGUUGUUUAAUUCAAAAUUGUAACUUUUAUUAUCUAGCAGCUAAGUGUGGUACGAGGGCUCCAUUUAGUGUUGUGGGAAAAAAUAAGUGUUGACAAAAUGGUCAACAUUUAAAUCGUAACACAAUGAAAAUAUUCGAAUGAAGCGCACAGGUAUGCAUGCAUUCUGUUGAAACUUUUUUUUAAAAUUCAGUACAGUUUAUUUCGGUCAAAUUUUUAUUUAAUUUAUGUGCAAUAUAUUUGAGUUGAAUCAUUAUUUUGAGUAGAAAUUUGUUCUUUCCAUACACUGAAGCAAAGUGUUAAUUUGUGUGUGUACAUAAUGUUACUGUGGCCCAGAAUAGUAUCAAAUAUACUUUUUAUGAAAAACACAUGCCUUGUUUUUGAUGAACACUUAACGCCUACUACGCUACAUUUUAAUAUUGGUCAUCAGGUAUUACCUGGAGAAAUUUAAUAUUUAUUUUAGUUGGUGCUUGGUGUAAAAAUUAUACACAUCUGUUAUAGAUUUAUUACAAUUUUAAUAAUGAAAGCUUCUAGUGAGCAAAAACAAAUAAUCAUCUCAAGAAGUUGAAUAUUGCAUAUAUAAAACAGUCAAAAAUAAUGUGAUAAUGUGGUUGCACAUUGCCCACUGAUAACUAAAUAAGGAAGUGUCCUGAUAACUGACUUUUUUUAAAUAGAACUAUUGACAGAAGUUUAGUUUUGUACAAUAUUCUAAUUACCUAAGAUGCUCUUUUCCACUUUUUAUGCACUUCUUAUGCUUAUUUAUGUGCUCCUACAUUUCACUGAAGGAAGAAGCUUAAAGCUGUUCCUGGAAGAAAACAAAACAGUUGACGGAUGCGUCAAAACAAAAGAGUCGACAUGUUUGUUGAACCAAAAAAUUAAACAGGAUUUCUCGCAACAGUAUGACAAUUAGCUUAGUAACACAUUUAAGUGGUGCAUUUAUUUCACAUAAACUGUAGACUCAUAUUCAACAAGGCCUUAAUAGUUAUUUGGAAACACUUUUAUACCACCUGUGUUCAUUGUGCAGUAAUAAAAUGAACAUUUUGUGAUUUUGUUUUUCUUUUCAUCCAAAAAACAAAAUUUUCUUUUAUUUGUGACUCACAAAAUUUGGAUUGAAAUGUUUUUUAAUUGACUUUAUUUAUACUUUUUAACUAUAACCAUAAAUCCUUUUUUUGUAAAACUAUUUUAAAACCAUGAUUA